AAAAUAGAUCUUGUUGAAUAUAAAUUGCUGAAUUCCAGCACGUUUCUACUUUAUGCUAAAUCAACUCACAUACCAAUCUAUGAUAAUAACAUAUCUUUAUCAAAAUUACCAAGAUCGCCUAACCUCUUUCCAACCUUUUCAUCUAUCCGAUCCUUUCUAGGAUAAAUCGAAAUAUGGCUUUUUUACCUCGCCUUGGUGGCGAUUUCACCCCUCUAUUCCACCUGUUGGAUGACUAUGAUGCCCACCGUUCUACUUGCCCUAAGAGCCAACUCCGCGCUGUCCGCUCUUUCGUCCCAAAAUUCGAUGUUCGAGAACUAGACCAUGAGUAUCACCUCGAUGGUGAACUCCCUGGUGUCGAUCAAAAUGAUAUCGAAAUCGAGUUCACCGACCCUAGUACACUUGUCAUCAAGGGUCGCGCGGAAAGAAACUACGGUAACACAAACUCAGACGUGAUCGAUAAGCAAAGCGAAGAGACAUUCGAUGAUGCGCCUCGUACAAAGCCUCACCAACCCACUGUCGAGGAUGCUGACGAAUCAGUCACUACCACGCCUGCGAGUACUCCAGUCGAGUCGUCUAAUAAGCCGGUCGCUAAGACUUCUAGCCCCGCGUACAAAUAUUGGGUCUCGGAGCGUUCAAUUGGCGAAUUCCAUCGAACCUUUGCUUUCCCAACAAGAAUAGAUCAGGAUUUGGUCAAGGCCAGCCUCAGAAAUGGAAUUCUCUCCGUUGUGGUUCCCAAGGAGCCAGCCCCGAAACUUAAGAAAAUUAGGGUUGAGUAAGACUCGACGUUGCGUUCGAAGGAUAAAGGAUUCGUUUCCUGAUCGAUCAAUUUUUAUCGAAAUGAUGAUUUGACAACACGCAAGUCGGAUUGUUGGGAGGGUGUUCUUUUUUU